AUGACGUCGGCCUCUGACGAGAAUGAAAAAAUUACGACAGUGGAGGCUGCUUUGGCGUCUCCUCCAUUUAACGAUUUAGAAGGAGGAAAUGAGCUGAAUUCUCUCGCGUCAUUUGCUAUGGGUGAUACGGCCAUCAAAUCUACCAAUGCGCGGGAAGGUCACCCUUCGGGCACUGCCAGCGAGAUGAGCAUGAAAUUCGGAGCUACCGAAGGGCUCCAUAGUUUUCCCCUUUCAAACCGGCUCCCAAGCUGUUUGGCCGGGCAGCCUUUGCUGUCCCCUCAGAGCAUCUCCAGCAGCCACCGUUCGACGUCCUAUGUUCCUCUGGAGGAACCGCACCCUGGCUAUUCACCAAUUGGGCCUGUAGAGACCCCAGGCAUUGGUGGAAUACGAUUGUCUAUUAGCCUGUCUCUGCCACAGAAGGACCAUGAAGAACCCCAAAGCAAGAGUAAAGCCGUGGGCUUGAAACCUCUAAACGACACCUCAGGAACGUCCCGCUCAACUCAACAAGAAGGAAGUGGAGAAGAUGAGGCUAGCAUAACGAAGGAAUACUCAAAAUCUUCAACGUCUAUAUUAUACGAAGGGGCAGCAGAUGCUCUCGCUGCAAGAGAGCUUGUCCAAACACGAGCGAAGCUUCUACUUCAGAAGCAGCUCGACAACAAUACCAGUGAUUCACUGCAGCAGCUGUUGAGUUUGGAAAGCCAUGUACGGGGACAGAUGGCGUUACUGGGGGCUGGAGUUAACCACAAAGAGCAACACUCAGGAACUGCUUCUGGAGAGCCUGCGAACGAGUUGGACGACAAUACAAGCCCGUCUAUACCGGAGGAGACGGCAGGGUUACACGGGCACAAAAUGUUACCUCAGUCACAACCACAGCGUCUAAUUGCUCAUUCGCAGCUCCGUUGCAGUAGUAUGAACACGCAAAGUGGCAAAGGUAUGCAAUAUCAAACAAACGUUUCUGCAAAAUUCAACGACAGUGUUGGCAUCGAACUGCCCCCAGCAUUAGGGGAGCAGCAGUGGCUCAAUAUUGCUCGCCAGAUAUCCGUUCUACAAGAAAUGCUGCUGCGUGUUCAACACCCGCAUCGGAAGAAAAAGCACAGUGAUCGACAGCAUGCGUGGUCAGAGGGGUCCAUGCAAGGACUUGGCCACAAGGGGGUGAACGUAGCGGACAGCAGCAUCGCCAAGUCUGACCCUCUGGAGAAGGAAGUGGAAAAGCUAUCUUCGCCUCCAGCGAGAGCCGUGGAAACUACAAUAUUACGGAUGGAUUCUAAAGACAGCGCUGAUUUUAGCAGGUAUGUAAACACGAGGGAUAAGGCGGAAUCUGGACGGCGCUCAGCAGCUGAGGAGAGACUCAGGAGGCACCAACUACGACUGCAGCAGCAAAUCGAGCAGCGGGACAGGGGAAAACAUGAGGCUACAAGACAGAGGGCCCGAAGAAGAGGGAAUAAUGAUAGGCCUUGUGAGACCAAUAAUUUUGCUCCAGUGGGUGAUAUUCAGAUCAAUGACUCCGCACGCAGUACAAAUGCUGCCAACAGCCAGUGCAAAAACAGUGGCAGCAAUAGAAGUCGCUGGAAAUACACCGUGCAUAAAGUUCGAAGCUACUCCGGAACACCGCUGGCAUCGGCUACUCCGUCGUCGUGCGAAAAGAACAACAACGGCGAAUACGUCGGGCGAUCAACAGCAAAACCCAUCAAAGGGAACGAUUUAGCCCAUUGGCUUUCGCCUAUGGGGGAAGAAACGCUUCCCAUGAGCCAUGGGGUACCCGAAAGAUCGAAAGCUUCUUCGGAGCAAAUGCGGCCUUAUGGAACUAUACGCACUCCUCCAUUACUUCCAGCUCCCCUUGCGGCGACAACCGCUGCCAAUCACCAACCUAACGCUAGGGCAGACCUCGCUGAGGCGAAAUCUAAGAAAACGGACAUGCAGAAGCUGCUCACGGAGAAUGGAGCCGAAACGCAAGACCAGCGAAGCUCCACGAAAAAGCACAACCCACAAUCCGCUCACCAAAGUGCAUCAACUGCUGCCCGUCCACCUCCUGAAGAAAUUGCCGAUCUUCUUUUAGGCAUUAAAUAA